AUGCAGGCGGCGGCGGCGACGGCGGGGCUGCUGCUGGGGCUGGCUUGCACCGUGCACGGGCUCUGCUCGCCCUCUGUGUUCUACAGAGACUGCAGGAUCCGCCGCUUCCCAGGGCUGUCCCUGAACCUGGAGGAGUCUCAGAAGCUGGGGGCCCAGUUCCUCAAGUACUACUCGGAGAACACCGGCCAGAAGUGCAGCCGGAGCUGCUGCCUCAGGAAGGAGGUUUCCUGCAACGUGGCUGUCUUCCUCCAUGAUCCCAUCCAUGACAACGUCAACUGCCUCCAUGUCCACUGCCCAACCCUGGAGAGCUGCAUCCUGGAACCUGGGAGCAGCGCCAUUCUGUACAACAUAACAGCAGGCAUAGACCCAGACUUGCUGGUGUUUGAGCAUUCAUCCUCUGCAUACCUAAACACCCGCACCUCGUCUGAAUGGCGGGAUAGACUGCGGAUUCUGAAAGCUCUGAACGUAGGUAACGAAGGGCUACACAUGGAUGGGAUAAAGCGCACGCUGCCAUCCACAGAGGCUGCUUCGUCAACCGCACAUCGAGAUCCGGGUGCAAACACAGGUAUCAGUCACUCCAGGAAGUCAACCACAGACCUGGAUUUAAGAUUUAUUUCUGUGAAUGUGUCCACUGUUACCAAGGUCAGCACAGACUUCACCCACAGUCCAGAUAACAUGACUACUCCUUUCUCUGGACUCACAGACACAAACAUUUCUCAGGUGCCCAGCCAAUCCCGACUCAACAUUAGCAAACCCCUGCUGAACAAAACCAAGGGAUCCCACGGUGGCAAUGACACAUCUGAGCAAGAAGCACCCCAGGAUGGAGCUCCAGUGACUGCAGGGGCCUGGCUGGCUUCUGUGACCCUGGGCGCUGCCAUCGUCUGCCUCUGCUGCUGUGUGGUCACGGGGGCAUGCAGAUGCUUCGGAGAGCAGCAGGGCUGGUAUCGCCUGGGACAGUGGGGUCAGGGAAACACCCUGAAAGGGAGGUCCUAA